CCGUAAGCCUCGAAGAGUGAUCCUGUUAGCGCUGGAUCUGCCACCGAGUGCCGCGCAAGACGACCCGCGUCAAGAGGCGGCGUGCGGAGGAGGGUAAGUGUCACAGAUGAGGAGGCAACGGACGCGCUUGCGUCCCUGGCGGGAGGGCAGAUGCUCGCUUCCUUCUUCAACAAACUCUCAGUGGCCAUGCAGAGCGAAGGUCAGGUGCUGCACAGCGAACUCUUCGAACAGUCCACGAACGGUGUGCGGCGGUCUGAUGAUGGACUUAUGUGUCUGCGAGCAAUGGUACACCGACAGACACAGAGAGAGAGAGGGACACACAGACGGACGGAGAGGGCAGGGCGAUGACGUCUGUGUGUCUGUGUCAGGUGUGACUGGUGUGCUGAUUCACUCGCUGGAACAAAGCCAGACGACGGCCGAGUGGCUGCCGCUGUGAGAUCGGCCGAUGAGUCGACGAGCUGAUGUGAGUGAACUGACUGUCUCUCUCUCCGCAUGGACGGCAUGGAUGGACUGGCGGCUGUCGUGUUUAUGAGAGUGUAUUGCAUUGUGUUGUGUUGUGUUGUGGGGCUUUGCGUGUCGGUCGGUCUGGCUGUCAUUGUCAUAUCUCGUCUGUGCCACACUCCUCAGCCGUCAGCUGCCAUGAGUGUGUCGGCCGAUGAGUGGGGGGCGGGGGAGAGAUGACAGACAGACAGACAGACAGAGAGGGAUGAGUGGCUGGCUGGCUGCACAAAGGAAUCGCUGUGUGGGGUGGCGGGGGCCGUCUGUCCGUCAGUCAGCUCAGUCUGACGUUUGCUCGCGAGAGUGUCUGAUCUCUCGUCGAUGCAUCCGUCACACACCGCCGGCUCACAGACAGACAGACAGACACACAAAUAGUCUGCCUGGCUGAGAGAGAGAGAGCGAGAGAGAGUAUCUUGUAUCCUGUUGUGAGUCCCCCCCUCCUCUCUCUGUGGGCCAUCUUUAGCGUCUGGGCGACCGCAGAGCGUCAGCCCACGAAGGGUGUUGGUGCUUUAGGGUUGCCGGGCGGCGAUAAAGAUGCGCGGGAGAGGGAAUGGACAGACAGACACACACACACACACAGAGAGAGAGAGAGAGAGAUCUGUCUGUUUGCCUGUCUGUCUGCCUGCCUGCGUGUCAUGUGUGGCACACACACGAGUGUUUUGUCUGUUUGGUGGCGAUGAUGUGUGCUGAAGAGAGAAAGAUCGGCCGAUGCGCCGACUCCUGCUGCCCAAUACGGACUGACUGACUGGCUGGCUGGGCUGAAUCUCUCUCUCUGCCUGGCCCUUUGUCUCUCUCUCGUGGCCCUUUGGCGUGUGGGUGUCGGUCGUCGACUGACGGUCGACAGCAGGGCAACACGAGAGCUCAUAAUGCGGCGGUGUGCGGCGGUCUGAUGAUGGACUUAUGUGUCUGCGAACAAUGGUACACCGACAGACACAGAGAGAGAGAGGGACACACAGACGGACGGAGAGGGCAGGGCGAUGACGUCUGUGUGUGUCUGUGUCUCUGUGUGUGUGCUGUGUCUGCAUUUGGUGUGCAGUGUUGCUGGCCGGCUUCAACGCACAGGACAGAGCGGUGCAGGCGCUGAUUUUGUCGAUCCUUUUUCCGUCCAAGGAGGCCUUCGAUGCCGCUGUUGAUGAGGCCAGUAUCAGCCUGCAGCCCGCCCCGUCACCAGACCCACCUGCCCAGCUGAUGCCGACGCCCGGCGAGCUACCCAUCCCCCGCGACGCGCCGCGCCGCUCCAAGCGCAGCACCAGGGGCGAGAGGAAGGCGAUACCGGGAGGAGGUCCAGGGGUCUGAAGGAGAUAGAGGCAGGGAUGGAGGAAGGAGGCUGGUGGGGGAGACGAUGCCCUCAUUCAUCGAAGCUGAUGAAACAGACAGCGAAUGUUGGCAGUCUGAGUGAUUGGACACUUUCGUGUAGAUGUGUGCGUGGCUUUGUUGCAAAGAUUCGUCCUUCCAUACUUGAGGCAGUCAGUGGGGAGGCAGGGAGAAGGACGAGUGGAAGCGGCCUUAUGCGAUGGUAAGAUGCUUGUCGUUGACACGCUUGGAAAAGCACAGCUUAAUAGCCUCGCGGCUUGGAGUGGUGCCGUCAGGUUACGCUGCUGUGCGAUACAGACAGACAGCCAGCCACAAAUGCACAGAAGCGUGUCCACAUCUGGGGUGGACGGGCACAGUGCGUGAAGGGGGACAUCUCUCUCUCUCUCUCUCUCUGUGUGUGUGUGUGUGUGUGUGGUGCUGACUUGUGUGGGGAGUAGUUGCAGUUGGAGUAGUUGAUGGAACUGCAUCAGCUGCUGGUGCUUCAUCUGCUGCUGGAAAGAAGAGUGACUGAGAUGUAUGCGUGGCUACUGCAGUGUGUUGACUGCUGAUGUUAUGACCGG